GGGAGAUGCUGGCCCCGCAGACGUUCCAUCAGACGGCAUCGGCAGCCGACACAGUGAACAUCUCCGCGUUAGAAAAAAAUCACCGGGAAAAUCUCCAUCACCAAGUGGUGAUCGUACUCGUUUGAAAGUGAAAUUUAUUUUUGAUCUGCGCUCGAAACGCACAAGACGCAACCGACCGGCCGCGCGCGCGAAGAAAUCUGUUUUGCGCUGAAACGCGCCAGAAAGGCAGUUUGCGCCACGCCACAAACGCCGGAUUACAAGAGUGCAUCGCGGUAGAAAGAUUAUCUACUUAAUUAGUUUAUUAACUUGCUCGCACUGCAGUGAGUGUGUGGUUUUUUAUGUGGUUUGCAGAUUUAUGGGGAAUAUCCGUGCGUUGUUAAAAGAUACACGUAAUUGAAGAGUUUUGUGGUGGAAAUGUGCGUUCUUUCAACCAUCGUGAUCUUGUUUGUAAUACUCUGCUGUGUUUAUACCAGUAAGAAGAGCUUGUGAAGUGUAGUUAAACAAGUUGAAGAAUUUCUCACAGUUUUCCCCCAGGGGGAUCAUCGUUCUGUAAAUCUUUGUGAAGAAAACACGCCUGGUUCAGAAUGCAACCCGAAGAGUACGAAAACACCGGCUGGCUGUCAUACUUUAGCCGCCAUAAGACGACUUACACGGCCGCCGAUAUUCACAAGAUCAGCAAUGAGCUGAAUAACGUACGGAAGAAUCUGACCGCGACUCAAUACGCGUACGGCGAACUCAGCAGUGAACUAAAGGCCUUGCGAAGUUUGCACGAGCAACGCCUGAGCGAGGAGUACGAGCGAGCUUCGGCCGCGGUCAACAGCAAAUCCGCUGGUGGAUCAAAGUCCACCGAGAAACGACUGGCCCAGCAGGCAGAUGAUAUCAAGUACCUCAAGAAUGAACUGGCCGGGUGCCGAAAUGAGUUGGUCAAGCAGAUCAACGCCCUGAAGGUGAACGUCAGUGAGGCAUCCAAGAAGAAGCUCAAAACCGGUCAGCUGCCAACGGGUGCAUCGCUGAACAUCGAGAGCAGGAUCAUGGCACUGGAGGCACAGCUGGAUCAGCUGAUGGGGGAGAACCGGGACCGGAUCAACGGGCUCGAGGGUCGGUUGAACCAGCUGGAGCAGCAGCACGAGCGUGAGUGUAGCCACGCGUUGAAGAAGCUGGAAGCGUCCACCAGUCGAAAGUUCCAGGAGAUGAGCAACAUGAUUGUGGAGCUGCAGCGGAAGCUGGACUCCAGCGAGACCAAGCUGGACGAGCAGAUCCGCAAUCAGUCGAUGAGCCAGGACGCGAUCUACGAAGAGUUGGACCAGCGGAUGGACGUGUUUGCGUCCAAGUUGAGGGAACUGCACGCCCGAAUCGCGCACAUGGGACUGCGGGACGACAUUGGUUCGACGUUUGUUUGAAACUCAACGUGACUGUAGAUGAACAUAAGAUGCUUUUACCAACAUUAGUAUUAGCUUUAUCACUAUCCAGUAUCGUAGGAACGACCGAGCUUGAAAGUUUCACCACAACCUCCAACGGCGCCACCGUGCAUCAC